AUGCCUGAUACAUCUCUGAAUGAUAAGCUUUCUGAUGCUGCGUCUUCAGAUAGUGAUGUUGAAUUUGUAUGUGUUCGGCAACGUGUUACGUCAAUCGAAGACGGGCGCGAUGUCUACUAUUCAGUACCCUUAACAAACACAACCACUUCUUCGUCGCUUUCCGCCAGUAAAACGAAGCCAGGCGUCGAGGGAACGAAGGCAUCCGCCAACGGUGGAAACUCUAUCGUCAGAGCGCGACCAUCCCGAGGGCGUUUACAAUCACGUAAUCCGUUUACCACGAAUGCUCACAUCCCGUAUGCGAAAAGCUUGGCGUCGACCGUAACGUCGCAUAGCUUGCGGCCAGGUUCGGCGGCUGAUCAAGCCAUUCUCUUGGAAGAUUCCUCGGGAGAGGACGAAGAUGCUGACGGGCUUGAAUCUUCGAACGGAUCGGAGAAACAUUCAGUGAAUUCGAAACAGCUCAUUGUCCACGAUUCGAGCGAAUCCGAAGGAGACUACGAAGAGUGGGAUCGACAAAAGCAAAACUUAAAGUAUUCGCCUAACUCUCGAGCGCAUUACCCUUCGGCAAACAAUCCAAGUAAUGGGGACCAUGGGAUUUCACAACACGGCUACAGACAUCUACAGCGACUUGCACGUGAUGAUGACCACCAAAUGACCAGCACUGGGGAUCCGCAAAGACGAAACGUGGAAACGAAGGCAGGGCAGUCCUUAUUGUUCAUCGAUUCCGAGCCCCUUAUAGAAGUUAAUGACGAUGACGACGAAUCGGACGAGAAUCUAAUGGACGACUGUCAUUUCCAAAGAAUGCUUUUGAGUUCUCCCACACAAAGACCAUCAACCCGCGAAGAAGUGAAAGCGCAGCGGCGGCUUGUGGCACAGACCAUUGGUUCUCCUAAUAGAUCGACUCCAGCUCGGCGUUGUAAUGAGGCCGUGAUUCAGUCGCCUUCACGCACUUUAUGGGUGUCCCAUAGCCAACGACGAAAAUCGAUGAAGAAUGAGCCAUCUCCAGCAGCACAGCCAAAGUUGGGCCUGAUUAGACAGCGAACGUCACCAGCGAAAGCUCGCGUAAAUUUGACACAACCACCCAAGAUUGGACGAAGUAAUCGAGCUUUGUUUAAAGAUGAUAGGGAGAAACCAGCUACCCCCAAAAAAACUCAACGACAAUAUCACUUGGAAAAAUCACAGGAAGAAAAGCGACUUCUACAGGAGCUUAGGCAGAUAGCUAGGGCUCCCCAAAUGAGAGAAGAGCUCCGUAGCAAUCCUACGAUUGCAUCGGGCGUCGACGAAACUCGAGGCGUCUCACCUCAGGAUCAAAACGGAGAAAAAGAAGGUAGUAGCGAGGGCAAGAAAUUCAGUGAUACCGCUUUGCGAACGCUCAUGUCUGAAAACGAUUCUGAGCUCUCAUCCCACGGAAGCAAGAUAGGGACCAGUGGUUCAGGGGAUGGCGCAACUGUUUCCUUGGAGCAAUUGGACCUGGAAUGGGGAUUGGACGAAAACGAAAAUGAUGCUUCUGCCCAAAAGAUUGAAGUAGUUUUCGAAGACGAUUCUACUGUAGAAAGCAGACAGGAAUCCAACAUUCUCAGUGUUGAAGACCAAUCAGCUCUAUCCCAGCAACGGCGUUUGUGGAAGAGCCAGCGGUUGUCUGCAUAUUUCGGAUCCUAUGAAGGAGUGAUGCCACUCUUAGAAGUGCAGAACACUCAUGACGACAUCCCUCCAGUGGAUGUAGACACAGAAUUGCCAGAAACCAUGCAUUUCGUUAAACACCUAUGCAAAUCUCGUAUCGGUUCUACGACAGGAUUGCCCAUCUGGGAUUUUGUCGUUCAUGGAGGUUGUGACAAUAUCUUGUAUUGCUUUACUGUCAAGGCCAAACAAUCCCGCAUACCCCAGUCAGGGAAUGGUUUGUUUUUUACCUUCAACAAAGCACUUCAGCUGAAACCUCAGUUUGCUGCUUUAGCUGGCGAGUCCCUGAAACAAAGAGUAUAUUUUGAGGCAGAAUGUAACCGCGACCUUGAAUUUGUUGCAACAAAUGGUUGUAGAACAUCGUUAGGCUUGACUGGUUCCGAUUUGGAUUCAGCUCACGGUAAGGCAUACGUAGCUGAAACCAUGACAAACCUUAAAGGAGUUCACGACAACUCGAACACAAUUUUCAAUUUGAAGCUGGUAGGCGAAGACCUCCACUACGAUUUUGGUGAGGAGCCAAUUCCAGACGGCAUAGGUUUUCUUGGAAAGUAUCGGGAGAUUGACUACGUCCUGGACAAGGGAAUAAAGUAUUCUUCAAAGGAAGGUUCUAUUGAACUUGGACUAUACGGACCAUUCCGACCUGAGGAUCGCAAAAUUGAGCCUCUUUUUACUGCAAAAAAUUGGAUUUUGUCGUUUUCCCCGCAAGAGUGGCCCUUUGAAGCGGCGGAGCCGCUCUACAAUCACGUCCAAAUCCUUGACAUCACCAGCGACUCAACUGGUGAACCGCACGAGACUGCGCGAAAGAACUUGCCCAUGUAUGUGAAUGAAAUUGGAUACAGUGGAUCCCGACAGCAAAACGUUUUUAUAAUGAAUAGAGACGGAAGGAGUAGCACAUAUUACAUCAAGGUCGACAAUGCUAUGAAACAAGGAGAAACCAUCGAGCUCUUAACAAACUAUAAAAAAGGCUACGAAGCCGUGCGCGAGCGUCACGGCUACGGAUGGCGGAACGUUCACGGUACACUGAAGAGCGACAUUUGUUCGUUUCCAACCCAGCUUUCCAGAAACUUUGACGAACGCGACGAUUUUAUACACUUGGUGGACAUGACGGCUUUCGUUGACUUGUUUGAGAUUCUUCUCUUUAUCAAAGAAGAGAUAUGGCAACCAAUUAACAGUUUGAAGUCAGAAGUAUUUUCGGCGGAAUCAAAGACCCUGGGGGCUUUGACUUCGAAACAGUGGGUGGCUUUAAGAAGACUUCAUUGGUUGCGAGACAAAGUCAAUUCAAGACUAUCUGAUCAGAGAGAAAAUCUUUGCAUAGCUUCCGCAGACGACUUUCCCUUGCUACCAGUCUUGGAUUUCGCGGAGUCGCUGUUGGAUGAGCUACAGUGGUCUUCAUUUACUGAUGACCUUCAAUUGAUUAAGCAGCAAUCAAAUUGUGAAGCGGAGGUGACAUACAGGAGCCUUGAACGCGAGCUUGUUGAAGAGGUAUGCUUCGAAUUGAAGGACGUGAUAGUACUGCCGCUGAACAGUUCUAUGUGGUGCCCUAUUGCGAGAGAUCUCAUCCAAAACCUCUCUCUUCAAGUCGCGAGCAUGACGCAGACGUCCGGGGAGAAAAAGGAAUUGCAAGAUCAAUCCCUUGUAGCUGUGCUUUUCGCUGAAGCAGGAAAAGCGGGCGAAAAGGUUCGGGUAGCCACUUUAGACGAACUUUCCUUUGACUGCGGGCUUGAACCAGGUUUUGUACUGCCGGGGUCAAUGCAGGCUUCUCUGUCGAAGCUGCAGUUGUCUGGAGCGUUUUUCCUCGACCAUUCGACUGCACCAAAGGGUUAUAUAGCAGCCGUUGCGAGUCGUCUAGGCUAUUAUGACGCCCUUGAGGUAGCAGGGCUCGAGUCACACUCUGCAGAAUGGUUCGAUGAUCAGUCUUGUGAGCAGACAUGCUUCAUGUGCUCCGGCAACUACGAUUGCGAAAACGUUGCACUGACGUCGCUAGCAAGCAUUCCCAAAUUCGCCAGUCAUUUGGUUGGAAAGGAAUUUGGUCUCAAUAGAACUUGGUACCUAGUUUGGCAAGUUGCGUUUGUCGUGCACUCUUUCGCUUCAAAGUUUGUGACCCCACGCGAAUAUUCGUUGACGAGGCUAUGUGAUAUGCUGAAUCUUGAGCUGGACCUUAUGGAAUUCGCAGUACGACGAGGAAUUCGCGUUAGGUCUAUGGAUGAGUUUAAAGGAAGAGUCAAAAUUGCUGAGACGAGAGACAAUGCGAUUGCACAACCAGUGAAUCGGCGACUUGAAACGAAUCUUGAUCUUUCGAAAGACUCUCGAAAGCUUACGAGAAAACAAAACAAUUCAAAGUCAAGUAGAAAAGCCGCGAGAGCUCCGACUGACAAAACCUCAGUUUAUACGGCCAAAGGCGGACUCGCAUCUAAUGGUGGAAGGCCACCUGCUCUUCUCAUAUGGGAAGGGGUGCCCAAUGAGUCCUUACACUGGCCAUCCGGUUGGACAAAGAGGGUCUUUCAGCGCCAGUCGGGAAAAACAAAAGGUAGUACAGACAAUUACUGGUAUAGCCCAUUGCGACAAUUCAAACUUCGAUCUCUCGUGGAAGUUCAUGGGUUCCUUCAGUUGUUGGACACUUGUAACGGUGACGAAGACACUGCUAUAAUGCUAUUUAAGAAGAAAUAGAAAAAAGAGAUUGGACUAGUC